AUGCCGCAAAGCUAUGACUAUGAUGAGGCCUCCGAGACUUGGCCGUUCUUCAUUUUAGCCGUUCUGUGCGUGGUUUUAGUCCCAUUAACGGCGAUGCAGCUGUGGGAAUUGGUUUCAGGCGGGAAAAGUGAUCAAACUCUGAAUGAUCAAGCGUCAAUCCUUGGCGAGAUGUCUGAAAAGUACGCGAGUCGUGAAAUUCUAGAGUUCAGGGCAAAGUCUGUGGCGAAAAAGUCCAAGUGGCUCGCAAAACGCAAUCUUUUCAUCAUUGCAGGCUGGACUGUAGUGGCAUAUUUGAUUCAGUAUAUCGGUUCAAGUGAAGGCAUCCAAGAUGCAGCAACCCUACUGUUUGAUCCUUAUGCACUUCUGGACAUAUCUGCGUCUUCAACCGAUCGCGAGGUUCGCUCUGCAUACCGUAAACUAUCCGUCAAAUUCCAUCCAGACAAACUUUCCAAAGAUUUAAGCUCCGAACAGCGUUCUGUGCUGGAAGAACAAUACGUGUUGAUUACAAAGGCUUACAAGUCAUUGACUGAUGAGAUUACACGCGAAAACUACCUCAAAUAUGGCCAUCCCGAUGGGCCACAAGCGACUUCUCACGGAAUUGCCCUGCCAAAAUUUUUGGUCGACAGUUCUGCUUCUACGCUUGUAAUUCUGGGGUACGUCGCUUUGCUGGGAAUUGUUUUGCCUUACUUCGUGAGUAGAUGGUGGUCUAGAACUCAAUCCGUGACUAAAAAAGGUAUUCACGUCAAGUCUGCAUCCUACUUUUCUAAUAGACUUUUCAACUUCAAGCCCUCACAAGUGGUUACUUUGGAUCUCAUUGUAAAUUGGCUAUCGCAUGCUGAGGAGUUUAAGCUUAUGUUUCCUGAACUCAGCGUGGAAACUUUCGAGACCUUGCUGCAUGACCAGAUCAACCGCAAGCACAGUGGAAAUCUUGAAAACGCAAAGCUAAGAAUCGUAGCUAAAAGCAACGUUCUUUUAUUUGGAUUACUGGACAUUGCAACUACAUUCCGGAACUUGGAAAUCUCCACUAUGACAAUUGACACUCUCAAGGCUAUCGUCCAAGCAACCUCGAUUUCACCAUACUCACAACUUCUUCAGCUUCCUAACGUCAAUCCUGAAAGCUUGACUGAGGGAUCAGUGGACGACAUUCGUACUCUCGGCAAGCUAUUCACUUAUGAAGAUGCCAAGAUCGGCAAAAUUUUGGGAAUAGAUGACAGUACCAAACUACAGGAAACACUAAGCGUUGCAUCGUCUAUUCCACACUUGAAGCUUAUCAGGGCUGAAUUCAAGGUUCCCGGUGAAAGUGUAGUGACGCCUCAAUCGACACCUCAUAUUUCGCUGAAGGUUCUUGUUCGUUCUGCCAAGCACAAAUUUUUCCCACCAAAUAUGAUUCCUGACGAGAUGUGUUUAGACAGAGAUGACUUCGAGUCCAUGAAAGAUCCAUUUGCAUCUACUUUGGAGCAGCCCAGACUGCCGCAAACUUUUGCGCCAUACUUCCCUGGCAAACGUAGCGGUUGUUGGUGUGCCUUGGUUGUUCUUCAAAAGGAUGGUAAGGUCAUUCAGACUCCGAUGCUCAUUGAUAGACUAUCGUUCGAAAACCUGAACAAAGAUUUCGACAAGAGAACGGUUAAAAAUUUGGAGGAAGAAUUCAAACCUGAGGAAUGGGUUAUCGGUAACAUCAAGAUCCCAUUCAGUCAGCCAGCGCCCGAAGAAAAGGGCGAUUUCUUUUUCAGAGUUAUUGUCAAAAGUACAGAGUAUUUCGGACCCGAUUUAGACUUCACCCUGUCAAUGGCUGUCCGUGAUCCAUCGCCUGUUGAGCAGAUGGAGAAAGAGGCCGCCGAUGAAGCUUCCGAAUCGGAGGACGACAGCGAUCUGGAUGAAAACGAUGACAGUAACGACGAAUUGGAUGAAGAAGAGAGCGAUUACACAGAUAUCGACACAGAUACCGAAGAUGAAGAAGCAGAAGACGCUGCUAAAAACUAG